AAAGAAGUGUUAGAUAGUGCAAAAGACAUGUUGCGAGAUGCAAUUAUUCAAAACCUUGACAUCAAAAUCAUGUUUUCUUCUUCAAAUACAUUACACUUUGUAGAUUUGGGAUGUUCAAUUGGACCAAAUACUUUCAAUGCAAUGCAACAUGUUGUACAAGGAAAAUUAGAUGAAUCUCUAGUCGACUCAUUUAAUGUGCCAGCAUAUUCUCCCUCUCCUCAAGACAUAACUAAAGCGGUGGAGAAAAAUGAUUGUUUUAGCAUCGAGAGAAUAGAGUUAACGUAUCCCAAAUCAAAGCUUGUGGAUGAGGCUAAUGCAAAGGCUUUACUAAUUAGUUUAAGGGUUGCUUUAGAAGGAGUUUUCAUUAAUCAUUUUGGAAGUGAAAUAGCAGAAGAAGCUUUUGAAAGGACUAUUCUCAAAAGCGAUGAAAUUUCAACAAGGAUGAAAACGAAUUAUAAAAAAGCAUGUCAAUUAUUUAUCGCUUUAAAGCUUUUGGCGGCUGGCGGUGUAAUAAAUGCGUCAAUCUCGUUUUACACGUGUAUCCAAUCUCAUAUUUACACGUGUCCAAGUGGGCAGGAAAAAUUAGAUGAAUCUUUAGUUGACUCGUUUAAUUUGCUAAUGUAUUUUCCAUCUCCUGAAGAUAUGACUAAAAUGGAAGAGAAAAAUGGUUGUUUUAGUAUUGAGAGAAUGGAAUUGACAUAUCCCAAAUCAAAACUUGUGGAUGAGGCUGAUGCAAAGACUUUAAUGAUAAAUCUAAGGGCUGUUUUAGAAGGACUAAUAAUAAAUCACUUUGGAAGUGAAAUAGCAAAAGAAGCUUGUGCAAGAACUAUUCUAAAAAGUGAAGAGAUUUCGACAUGGAUGAAAUCUAAUUAUGAGAAAUCAUGUCAAUUGUUUGUCGCUUUGAAGCGUAAAUGA